AUGAGAAUUAUUUCUGAAGUUGCAUUAAUGGUUCUCAUUGCGGCUGUAAUUGAAGGGACCUAUGCAGAAAAGCAAUGCCUGAAACAAUCCGGGACAGACUGGGAAAUAGAGCUCGUGAUAGCGCAUGAAGAUUGUAAUAAGUUUUACAAGUGUUUUCACGGUAAACCCCUUGAGGUCAUGUGCCCAAAAGGACUCUAUUUCAACAUAAAUUACUGGCAAUGUGACUGGAAGAGUAACGUUAGUUGCAGCGGACGAAAUAUUCCCGUAGAAGAUUCUGCAGAUGAUGAUGAAAUCACUAACAAUGCUGAAUCUGAUAGUGAAGACAUAAACUAUGAAGAAAUAGAUGAUGAAAAUGAGCAGAUGAAGAUAGAGAAUGUGGGCUUGAUAUUCCUUAAGAACAAUUGUCCAGUUAAUCCAAUGAUUCAGUGGCGGCUCCCUCACGAAAAAGAUUGUAAUCAAUUUUAUAAAUGCCUCUGGGGUGUAAAGAUUAACCAACGAUGCCCUCUUUUUCAUCAUUUUAAUAGAAAGUCUCAGAUAUGUGAUUGGCCGAGAGUUGCUGGAUGUGCCUAA